AUGGCUCUGAAGAGACCCCACCCCAUGCUGCUACUGGUCCUGGUGUUGCUGGCUGGCUGGCUGGCCCGGCUGGGCCAAGGAGCCAGCUACCCGCAGUUCGUGAGGCAGCAUGUCGACUACCCCAAGACCAGGGCUCGGAAUGACCGGAGCUACUGCAACUUGAUGAUGCAGCGCCGGGGCAUGGCCCGCCCCUGCAAACACACCAACACCUUCGUCCACGCUCCCGCCAGCCAGCUUCGAGACAUCUGUGGCCGGGCAGGCCGGCCCGCCGGCCGCAACCUGCGCAACAGCAACAACCGCUACCGCAUCACCAUCUGCCGGCUGGCUAGUGGGUCGACCCGCCCGCCCUGCAACUACCGUGGGGGCAGCAGCACCCGGCGGAUCCGCGUGGCGUGUGUCAGGGGCCUGCCCGUGCACUACGACAGGAAUCUCUAG